AUGGCAGGCGUCUGGAUUCUCCUAAUUCUGGCUUUGUCCCAUUCUUUAGUCACGGUCCAAAUGGAACAGUCCUGUCCCCUGGGAUUUGGGACAGCACAACAUGGUUGUGAAGAUAUUGACGAAUGUGAAGAUGAUGGGAAUCCCUUCAGAAUAUGUGGACAAAAAGCAUUAUGUGUUAAUACAAUUGGGAGCUUCUUCUGCCAGUGUGAGAAAGGUUUUCAAUCAUCAACAACACGGACAGUCAAUUUUACAUUUGAGUCAUCUGCAAAAUGUGUUGAUAUCAAUGAAUGCUCUGAAAUCAAGGGCAUCUGUGGACCUAAUGCCAAAUGCUCCAACACAAUUUCGAAUUAUAGCUGCAGUUGUGAACAGGGAUUCAUUUCUUCUACUGGUGUAGCAAGUUUCCGACAGGAGAAUAAUGUUACAUGCAGAGACAGAAAUGAAUGUCUAGAAGGAAAUGUUUGUGGUAUGAAUGCAUCAUGUAUCAACACAGAAGGCAGUUAUUACUGUGUCUGCAAUCCUGGCUUCAAACUGAAGUCUGGAAAAUCUAAUUUCACGGGAGAUUUGGACCAGUGUGAAGACAUAUGUAUGAUUGAUAAGACAAUAUGUGGAAAUGGAACCUGCCACCAUGGAGCCACUGGGUAUUACUGUGCAUGCCAUGCAGGGUUCACAAACUAUGGCAACAAAAAGUCAAGUUGCACUGAACUAGACUGCAGUGUUUUCAAAGAUAUAAACAAAUUGAAAGAGAAAUUUUCCGUUGUAAAGGAUGACAUGAUGCAGCUGAAUAAAAGCUGCCUGGAACUCAUAGAGAGUGAAAAUCCUAAAAAUCUGUCUGGAGAAGACUUGCUAACGCUACUGUUGUCUUUGAUCGACAAGCUCUUGUCCAGUGGAAUUCUCAAUGACAACAGGAAAGUCUCCACCUUUCUGAACUUGGUGGAGCUCGCUUUAGGAUUCAUAGGACCUUUUACAACGGCCAUGGAAACAAAAAGAACAUCCGCUCAAACAGAAUUGGAGUUGCUGGUGCAUAAAGGGUCUGUCUUACCGAGAGGAGCAAGGACUCUGUCUUCUAAGUAUGCUCAGCUAAACAUUGAGUUGGAGGUCGCUGCAGGAGAUCCUUCGUAUUACCCUGGUUUUACAACAGCGUCGUUACUCAGUUAUUCAAACUUUGAAGACUCUGUGAAUGGCUUCUUCAGCGCGAUGAAACCCGAUGAGGGACAGAGCUUCAAGAUAAACUCCAAAGUGGUGACCGUCACCGUCAGUAACAGAAACACAAGCCACCUCAAAGAGCCAAUCACGUUAACUUUUCAACACAUCAUACAGACAAAUGAAACUUCUCACACCUGUGUAUUCUGGGAUUCCUCAGAGGAAUCUGAGGGGGGGUCAUGCUUUGCAGUACUCAUGGCUCUCUAUGAGAUUGAGGACAAGUUUGAGUUGCAGCUGAUUACCUGGGUGGGCCUAUCCCUUUCCCUGAUUUGCCUGUUUAUCUGCAUCCUGACAUUCUCAAUGAUCCGUUCCAUCCAAACCCCAAGAACCACCAUCCAUUUGCACCUUUGCAUCAGCCUCUUCAUCGCCACCCUUAUAUUUCUUACAGGAAUCGCUCAGACCGACAACAGGGUUGGCUGUGCAGUGGUGGCAGGGAUGCUGCACUUCUUCUACUUGGCAGCCUUUUGCUGGAUGUGUCUGGAGGGCAUACAGCUCUUCAGGAUGGUAGUUCUGGUCUUUAACACCCACUUCAAAACCAUGUACAUGAUGGCAGGUGGCUAUGGAGUCCCGGCUGUUAUUGUUACCAUCUCUGCAUUUGUCAACCACAGAGGAUAUGGCACAGAGAAGUAG